UCCUUAUCAUAGACAAUGUGAGUAAAUUCUUUGUCGAACUUAUUAAAAAAAAGGCUAAUAACCUAUAAAAAUAAAUAAUGUCAACUGUCACUUCAACGUUCAGAUAUAAAUCAACAUUUUAGAAAUGAAAUAGGGAUACAUAACAUUGUGAUCAGUUUUAUUUCAAUAAAAAAAUUCAGGGCGUCUCUGAAUUUAGUGUAAAGCGAAUGUUGCCUCAAUUCUUUUACCUCCAAGUUGAUUACUUGUAGGUGUAACAGUGCACAGAGUGAAUUAUCACUACGGCGUUUGGUAGAAGAAGCGUGCAAGACAUUGUUUGGUGAAGUGGGGGGCUCGAUACCUGUGGAUGUGCUAUCAGUGCAAGACAAGACAGCUGUAUUGCGAGUAAAUAGCACGGAGUUCAGGAAAGUCUGGGCUGCUCUUACAGUAACUACCCAGUUACGAGUGCAUAAGGUGUCUCCUUCACUACAGGCACUUGUAUAGGCAAUACAACAUGUCGUCUCCAUCAAUUCUACCUGCUGGGUCAGGCAACAAAGAUAUAGUGAUUGUAGCAUCACGCGAAGAGUUGUCUACACCAAGUAGAGUAUCACUCCCGGACCCUGAACCGACACCUGGCCUCAUUCUGGCAGAUGGUUCCAUCAAUUGGGGAUGUCCAUGUCUUGGGGGUAUGGCCACUGGUCCUUGUGGGAUACAGUUCCGUGAGGCAUUUUCCUGCUUUCAUUACAGUGAGGCGGACCCAAAGGGUAGCGAUUGUUACGAGAAGUUCAGCGUGAUGCAACAGUGUAUGGCGGAGUACCCCGACCUGUACGGUCGCGACGACGACGACGAACUCGCAGAGGCGCUCGCCGGCUCCGAUACUGCCACCGCCCCUGCCACUGCCACUGCCCCUGCCCCUGCCACUACUACUGACAACAACGCCACUGAGGAACCUCACUGACCUACACGCACUCUCACACACACACUGUAACCGGUCCCCGUUGUCCCUGUUCCUGCCCACUCGAACCUACUGUAUGGUGAAGGCUAGUGUGCGGUCGCUAGAGCUAGUUGCAACACACAAACGAAAUAUGUUAAUAUUUUACCUUGUUCCCAGUUUACUCUGCACAUGACACACGUGUCGCCAUACCGGCGUGCGCGAAGUGUGCGUGCGCGAACGAACCAACGGAAUAUUGGUUCAGUUCUGAUUGUUACGAAAUGAUUACUGUUCGAUCACUGUACAAUAAUGUAAUAGCACGGAGCUGAUUUGACGGUGAGAGACGGAAGAUACCGUAGACUCACAAAACUAUAUACAAAGUUUUUUUUUUAUUGCCCUUGUAGGCAGACGAGCAUACGGCCCACCUCAUGGUGAGUGGUUACCGUCGCCUAUGGACUUCAGCAAUGCCAGGGGCAGAGUCAAGCCGCUGCCUACCGCUUAAUACUCUCCACAAGCCUCGCUUGAAGAAGGACAUGUCAUAGCGCUCGGGAAACACCGUGGAGGGGAACUCAUUCCAUAGCCGGAUGGUACGUGGCAAAAAAGAUCUUUGGAAACGCACUGUGGAUGACCGCAGUGGCUCCAGGUAGUAUGGAUGAACUCUACUCCGGUGGCGGGCGGUGCGAUGGUAAAAACAAGAUGCCGGUAUCAUCUCAAACAAUUCCUCAGAGCACUCCCAGUGUGUGUGUCUUUUAUUUUCAUACCCAAUAUGAUUGUGUAUUGUUAGUUUUUUUGUAAUAGUUGCAAGUAGAUUUAAACGUUAUGAAGAUAAAACUAUUGUAAAGUUUUCUUUUAAUGUCUUCUAAAGUAAAGUAAUAAAAUAGAUGUGCUGUGAA